CUUGACACUCCUCCAACCCAAACUGCCGACCCACGAUCACGCAUCGCGACCGGGCCCUGCAACACCCAAACCAUCCAGCCGACACCUCUGUUCGGGAGGCCGGGAUAGUGGCCGCGAGUCAGAGAUAGAUUGGUGGCGAGCCUGAGCACUCCUUGCGCCGUUUUGACGUGCGCGACAGCUUCCGCGACGAGUUCACGACCCCCGAAUCACCUCACCCGCCUGGGAUCUUGCCGACUGAUAACUGCGGGCUGCGACGAUUGCCACAGCACCCUCCAUAUCCGCAAGUGCUACGAGAGGACGUCCAGUGUCUUCUUGGGCCACUUAAUUCACGACGUCGCCGUUUGAAGGCCGCCUAGCUCGCCUUGGAAAUAGAGAGGUCCAAGGGUGACUCUGGCAACGUCAUCAUCGCACUGCGAACGGCGCAUGCCUGCCACGAUAACCGGAUGAUGGCAACUGAGUCCUCUGUCGCAAAGCCCGCUGAUGUACCAGUCGCACCCGAGCUCCGACCUCAGGCCGAUCAAGCCCAGCAUGUCCCUCCUGAGUCAUCAGAUGUGAACGGCGGCCCCUCCCUCGGCGCCGACGAUAUCGAGAACAAGCGCAUCACCAUCGUCGAAGAGCAGUCCAACUCGGCCGAUGUCAGCGUCAGCGGAGGUUCAGAUACCGAGACAUCGCGCACGGACGGAGCGAGGCAGAAAGAUAGUGACAAAAGCCAUGGUCGGACCAGCUCUCUGGCGAGGAAACCGGCCACUUUCAAAGCCGUCUCGGUGAACAAGACGUUCCUCGCAGCCAAGGCUAGCCCUGGCGGCGGCUCCCCAAAGACGAGUGAGCGCCCAACGCCAAGCUCGAAUACACCGCCGCCCGGCUUGCCAACGCUGUCGACAUCCCGCCCCCGACUCGUCGCGAAGACUGGAAGUGGCGCCCGGGAUUCUACACCGCGAUUCUCUUCCGUGGUGAACGGUGCGAAGCCAGCGACUGCUCCAGACCCAAGCGUUGUUUGGAACAAGAAUCGACCGCCAGAGCCGAAGAAGUUCACAGACGAAGAGCUCAAAAAGUAUGGUAUUCACAUGGCUAGUCGCCUAAAUGAAGAAGAUGCUCAGGGCCAGAACAAAUGGGCGGAUAUUGACGAUGAUGACGACGAUUGGGCACCGGAGGCCAUCACCUGGGGCGACGGAACCAAGACCACACUCCCACAUCCUGACGAAGCAGCAACAGUGGUCUCUGACAGUGGAUCAGUUGGCUCCAAAGGGAAACCUAUGGAGAAACCAAAGUCUCCUACUCCUAUGGGGCUCAGCGCUCCAGUGUUGACAAAAUCCAGCAGCCUUGCCUCUGGAAAGGGCCUCGUGCUGAAGCCUGCCUCGCAAGAGAAGCCGGCCUUGGUCGCGAAGCCACCAGCCCCCCCGGCCCCGGCAAAAUCUCCUUGGGCCACAUUGCCACCAAUCGAAAGAGCUUCGCCAGCCGCCGCAGAAGUCAUACGAACCCAGACGAAUACUUCCUUCAAAGGUGCCACCAAAGAGAUUGCCGCUGAUGAAUUUGGCCGGCCAUCUUGGAGAGAGGGAGGGUCUCACGGAAAUAGGGAGCUCUACAACUCUCAUUCCGGCCGCUACGAACCUGUGUUUGACCGACGUGGUUCCAUGCGAUCUGACACGCACUCUAAACAUCCUGCCUUGCUACAGCGUCCACAGCCGGCAGACCAACCAGCGGAACCGUCUAGUGCGUUCCAGACCAAUCGAAUCUCUCAAGAUGCGCCCUUUGGGCGACGUCGUGGAUCUUCCAAUGUCAGUGGCGGCAGCGGAUCUUUCCUUCAGAGACUGAGUAAGGGGAGUGACGGCGCCGUGCAACCUUCAUCGGAGCUUUUGAGCGCUCGACGUCCGUCUCUAGCAGGCUCUGGCGAUAGUCCUCUCUCACCAGUCGCUAGCCAUGCGCAACCCCGACAACAACCCCAGCAAGGUUGGGUGCCCAGAUCAUCACCCAGUACCACAUUUGCUGCGCCCCAUGAUGGGCCUCCACCCGCCGAACCAAACAUGGUCCCAUCCGUGCCUGCUCAGCCGGUCGUCGACGAGGUUGAAUACCAGAAGAAGUUAAUGCGGGAGCGUGUGGAACUCGCGAGGAAGCGCCGUCAAGAACAGGAAGCCCGCGAGGAGGCCGAGAGAAGAGAACGUAUUCAGAAGAAGCUGGAGGCCUUGGGACCGCUGCCAGAUAAGAAGAGCGACAAGAAGGAGGCCGGCGCAAAGGCUGAGGCGGUCUUGAAACCAAAACAUAUUCAGCAGCGAGAACAGCCGGAGGGGUCCCGAGCACCAGAGUCAGCUUCUGCGCAAGGCCCCGGUCUCGAUGUCGAGGCAAAUGCUGGCAACGCUGAUGAUAUCCAUGACCCCAGCCAAAAGGAUCUCUCUCCGAAGGGCGACCACCCACCCGGGCCAGCCACCAGACGCUUUUCCCAUGGGCAGGACGGGAGGCGUGUUGACUUGUGGGUGGGCUCAGGGCCUCGACCAGACAGGUUCUCCUCGUGGGCUGGGGGAGCACCACCGCCAUCACGCAACGUCUGGGGCUCCCCGGACAACGACAGGGGCCUUGGCAACGGAACAUUCAACCCGGAUCUGGGCCGAAUUCCUGGGACGACUGUGGCGCCUUCGCCAGGCCACAAAGGCCCUGCUCCCAUCGCUCCGCCAAGCACAGGUCGUCCGCCCACUCAGCGUCAAGCACCCAUAGGUUCUUCAAGCUCGCGACACGGCCCACUGAACUCGGAUCUUGCCCAGAAAUGGGUGGCCGCGGUUGCUGAGAACGAUAAGUCAAUGAGCGCUGCUCGCCUAGCGGAAAGGGUCGGCCGAGAACGCCAACUAGCAGAACAAGGCCUGUCGAUUGAAGAUGCGCAGCCGACCAUUAAAGACAGCUGGCGGCCCGUGCAGUUGCCCGGCGACGGAACGCGCAGAACCACAGGAACAAUCGAGGUCCAUUCUCAUGGAUCUGGCUCCUGGAAAGCGACACAGCCGAAAGGAGCCACGGCAAAGACUGCUAUUCAGGAUGUGGCUCCGUCUUCAAACGCUGGAGUAAUAGGUUCUGGUGGCAGUUCGAUCCUCUCGCAAGCCGGGUCCGGUACUCCGUCUCAGUCGCGGGCAUCCAGGUUCUUCCCUGCUACCAAGGGCUCCCGUCAGGAAGCGGGCUCUGGCGUGCAGUCGUCACGUCCAACCUCUCCUUCUCCGCCGCCACCCACCAUGGAGGGACACCCGGCAUAUGAGGGUGACGUAUUGCAUCCACAUGUCUCUCUGCCCAGGCCUCAGCCAGUGGUGAAACUACCUCCCUCCAUGAUGACUUCACAUGCGCCGCAGCUUCCAGGGCAGCCUGUUUGGACAGCUCGCGCGCCAGGCAAGGACCAUCCGCGAGGAACCCUCGGGCAAGGCCAUAUCUCCCACAAGGAGAGCGACAGUUCUCAAGGUUCCUGGCAGGACAGGAUCAAUAACCUUCUCAACGGAGGAAAGGCGUCGCCCCCCAAACACAUAGGGGUGGAUCCAGCAAGUAGGAGCAUGCUGGAUCAUGUGGUGCACGCCGAUUCCGCCACUGUAUCUUUGCCCAACAUAAAUACAGCCGUGAGUGGCGAAAACGAGGCCCAGCGGCGCCUCAUCUCAAAGCCGAUGGCGGAGGAGUGCUUUGAGGAACAGGAGAUGGGAUCUUUGCCUCAGAUUCGGCUCCCGCACGUGGCCCCCGAGGCGGCGUGGCAGCCUGCCGUGGUUCAAGCAAAACCACUGCCCAAGAAAUUUCUGGUGCAGGCAUCAAUCAUGGAGCCCUACUACUUUGCCGCGGACGUGGUUGGGGGCGGUAAUGCAGUGAAGAUUCAGUUCCCCGGCAUGACAGAGGCGAGAAUUGCUACGAUACCUUUUUCAGCGACUCGAGGCCAUCGAGGCGGACAUGGUCGACCCGCGCCGCGGCAUCGCGGCUCUGGCGGUGGCUCUCGCGGCCCGAAGAGAGAGCCCUCGAGCUCCUACACAGCUGGAGAAUCGACGUCUAGCGGCGGCACAAGCCGCGGCGGGACGCGUGGUAGUCAUCGAAGCCGCGGCGGCGAAAGCUGGAACCGCCAGGCGGCCCCGUCGACGCAGUCACCAGCGCAGCCCAAGACUCAGGCUACGACGUCCACUUAAUACUCUUCUGACCGGAGACAACCGCUUGAUAUGGGUCUGCUACGGCUUGUUCCACUGCAGCACGCUAUCGGGGACGAGCGCAAAUGGUCUUCAUUGUCGGCCCAGUGUCAUUACCCCGUAGCCGAUGCUCGGGUUAAACAGGAGGCGCUAUGCGCAUUGGAUGCGUUGGAGCUUGUCGUCUCGCAGAGGCUCGAGAUGGCGUGUACAACUUGUUUUAAAGGCGCGGCGGGUGCCUGUCCGCAAAGACGUAUCUGGCGUCGACGAGUGCUUCCGCGGUUGAUUUUGUUUCACAGACGUCGAGUUCUGUGUUCUUGGCCGUAACGAUGGUGUGAUGAUAGCCUAGGACAGACAUCGACAACGGGUUCUUGUGUUGUUCAUGACG